GAAAACUGCUGGACGUGGGCCGCCGGCCCGGAGCCCACCCGCGGCCGCGGUGCGCCGCUCCCGGCCUUCCGGGCGUUGGGGCGCUGACCCGCCCGGCGCGGUGGGGGCCUCGGGGUGAAGCUGAGGCCCAGGGAGGGUCGGCGAUCUGGCCAGGUUCGCUCGUGACGGAGGCGGGGUCUGUGUCCGCUGCUGGCCGUCGGACGGAGCGAGCCGUGUUGGAACUCCCCUGAACCCCUGGGAACCCACCAAGCAUGUUCCUGGCGCGUCUGACUUCUCAGCUGCUCAGGGUCGUUCCCCGACCGGGCCUCAGCCGGCCGCGGCCUGGGUCAGCGCCGCUGGGCAGCCGUGUGUGCCGGCCCCGCUAUAGCACGCAGCCAGCAGGCCCCGGUCGGGCCGCCGUUCUCCCCGGCAGGGGCGUCCAGCUGGAGCUAGAGGAGAUGCUGGUCCCCAGGAAGAUGUCCAUCAGCCCUCUGGAGAGCUGGCUGACCGCCCACUACCUCCUGCCCAGACCGGGCGCAGCGGCCCCAGGGCCUGGGACUCCGGCCCAGCUCCACGAGUGUCCGCCUAGCCCGGUUGGGGAGGGGGCCGAGCCGGGGGGCGAGGGCCUGCGGGAUGCACCCCAUAUGCAGUGCAAAAACGUGCUGAAGAUCCGCCGGCGGAAGAUGAACCACCACAAGUACCGCAAGCUGGUCAAGAGGACCCGGUUCCUGCGGCGGAAGGUGCGGGAAGGCCGCCUGAAGCGGAAGCAGAUCAAGUUCGAGAGGGACCUGAGGCGCAUCUGGCUGAAGGCGGGCCUGAAGGAAGCGCCUGCGGGCUGGCAGACCCCGAAGAUCUACCUGAAGGCCAAGUAGCGCGAGGGCGGGGACCCUGCGCCACCGCCGCUGUCCGUCCUAAUAAACGUUCACAG